AUGUCCAAAAGCUGCUGGCAAAGCACGCACAAGACAUCAACUUGCUACGAACAGAGAGUGAUACACUAUCAGGUUCUUGAUGUGAUACAAGGAGUCGAGGAAUACGAUGACAUCUUUCUCCUGCGAUUCGUCCUCACCCACCUGAGCCGAGGAGGGCUGCAAGCACAGGCCGAGGCCGUCAGGAAGACAGUCAAGUUCAGGCAGGACAAUCGCGAGAUCCUGUCAGAGGUUGUGAGGACUAAGAAGCCGCCAAAUCACGACAUCUUCAUCAAGUUUCAGGCAGCUGGAUACGUCGGUGACCUGGGAGGAAUGGAGCCGAUCCACGUGGAGGGAAAGGAGCGGAGGAGGAGGAGGGAGCAGGAGCAGGAGCAGGAGAAGGAGAAGGAGGAGGAGGACGACGAGGAGGAGGACGGACCACCAGUUCAAGAGCGGACAUUGUUGAACGUUUUGCGGCAGGAGAUCUACUUCCGGAUAUGCGACGAGAGAACGAGGAAGACGAGAAAGAUUGUCAAGACCCUCACCGUUAUGGACAUGGAUGGUUACUCCAUCUUCGACGGCGAUUCUCGCUUCUUCAAAGCGUUGGGGGAGUCGUCCAAGUUGUCGGCGAUUUACUACCCUCAGCUGCUGGGAAAGACCGUCAUGCUCAACGCUCCUUCCUUCAUGCGCGCGCUCAUGUCAACCGCCUCCGUCUUCCUGCCCAAGUCGACUCUCGACAAGAUCGCCUUCUGCCCUGCGAGCCGAGCAGCGCUCUACGCAAGGAAGGAUGCGAAGGAUCUCAAAUGCCCGUUCCUGCAGAAGAUGACAGGAGGUGAAGGAUGUGCGAACCUGCCGGACUUUCUCGGUGGAUGCCAGGAGCCGCCGGAGAACUUCAAGCCGAGGGCGCAGUCAGGGCAUGUGAAGUCGCUCAUGCAAGGAGAUCAACUUCGAGGUCCCGAUUGCUGGGUUACAUGCGUUGUGGGAGGUGAGGACGAAGAGGACGAGGACGAGGACGAGGACGAGGACGAGGACGAGGACGAGGACGAGGACGAGGACGAGGACGAGGACGAGGACGAGGACGAGGAGGGGGAGGACGGUGACGGGCAGCAGGUGACGGUGGAAGACUUUGGGAUCGACAUGAGCGCUGAGCUGAUCCCAUCGGAUGGUUCAGAGCCGCUGGAGGUUAUGAAGGUGCAGAAGAUCAAAGCGAACAACGGUCUCACCUCUGGUGACUGGAUCCUGCCGACAGCAGGACAGCUGCUGGUCCGUUUCGACAACUCUUACAGCGUUCUUCGAUCCAAGAACAUCGAAUACCGGAUCAUGGUCUCUCCUUCACAGACAGAACAGGAAAACGAUCUCACCAACAAUUCAGACAAUCUCUCUGUACUAUAA